AUGUUAGGUUUUUUGAAGCAAUCGACACUGGUGCAUCUAUGCUUUGCAAUAUCCUACUUCACAUCUGGUUUAAUACUCAACUUUGUGCAGGCGAUUUUAUAUUUUGGUCUCCGCCCAUUUAAUAAAACCCUGUAUAGAAAGAUUAAUUAUUAUUUAUCAUACUCCUUUGCAUGUCAAUUGGUGUUUAUGUCGGAAUGGUGGGCAGGGACAAAAUUGACCACUUAUGUUAAAAAAGAUGAAUAUGAAAAGUAUUAUGGAAAGGAACAUGGAUACCUCAUUAUGAAUCAUAGUUAUGAGAUUGACUGGUUAAUGGGAUGGCAAUUUUGUGAUGGUAUUGGAGUAUUAGGGAAUUGCAAGGCAUACGCGAAAAAAUCUAUUCAGUAUAUGCCACCUAUUGGUUGGAUGUGGAAGUUUUCAGAGUUCGUAUUUUUAGAAAGAAAUUAUGAAAAGGACAAGGAGAUUAUCAAGCAACAAAUUUCAAAAAUCUGCGAAUAUCCCGAUCCAGUAUGGCUAUUACUAACGCCCGAGGGCACUCGCUUCACGCGUACAAAGCACGAAGCGUCCUUAAAGUUCGCGAAAGAGAAGAAUCUGCCCCUCCUCAAGCACCAUCUGACGCCACGCACGAGAGGUUUCACCACGAGCUUGGAACACUUCAGAGGCAAAAUACCGGUUAUCUACAACAUACAGUUGGCCUUCGAAAAGGAUAGUAAGGUCCCACCAACAUUGACCAGUAUGUUGUACGGUAAACCAGUUCACGCACACCUUUACAUAGAACGGAUACCAGUGGAAAAGAUCCCAGAAGGCGAAGCUGAAAGCGCGAAAUGGCUACACGAUCUCUUUGUUGUAAAGGACAAAAUGAUGGAGUCAUUCGCCAACACGGGCGACUUCUUCCAAGAGUCAGGCGUCGAGAGAGUCGAGCCGUCCCACCGUCCUCCGCGCAUUUACUCCCUGCUCAACACGGUGGGAUGGGCUAUCAUCACUCUAACCCCAAUGCUGUACUAUCUAGUUGGUCUCUUGUUCAGUGGAAGACUUAUAUAUUUUUCUAUCGGAGCCGCUAUUGUUGCAUUUUUCUACGUACUACUGCAGAAGUCAAUUGGAAUGUCGAAGAUCAGCCACGGCUCUUCAUAUGGUACAGAGAAGAAGUAG